UGUUGCGCACUUGCGCUCAGUCGGUCCAGGCCGGCUGCAUGGAGCCUGAGCUGGAGCACACGCUGCACAGGACCCCAUCCUGGAGCAGCCUUGGGGGACUGGAGCAUCAAGAGGUGAGCUUCCUAGAGCAAGGAGAUAGCACUUCCUGGCCAUCACCAGCCAUGCCCACCAGCCCAGAAAGGAGCCAUGGGAAAGAGAGGGCCAAGGCCCCAAGAUGGACAAGGCAGGAGGCUAUGGAGGAAAGGGAGCUUCAAGGCCUGGGGGAAGCCUCAGCCACCGGCCCCAGCACAGACGAUCUGGAGCUGGGCCUAGAGCUCCCAGGCACAGGAGCCUGGGGGUGUGAGCUCGGCCUUGUGGAAGAGAAGCCUGCCCCGUGCCCGUGCCCAUCCCCGCAGGCCCUGUUUCCCAGGCUGGGCUGGGACGACGAGCUGCAGAAGCCAGGGGCCCAGGUCUACAUGCACUUCAUGCAGGAGCACACCUGCUAUGAUGCCAUGGCGACCAGCUCCAAGCUGGUCAUCUUCGACACCACGCUGGAGAUCAAGAAGGCCUUCUUCGCCCUGGUGGCCAAUGGCAUCCGGGCAGCACCUCUGUGGGACAGCAAGAAGCAGAGCUUUGUGGGGAUGCUGACUAUCACAGACUUCAUCUUGGUGCUGCAUCGCUAUUACAGGUCCCCCCUGGUCCAGAUCUAUGAGAUUGAAGAACAUAAGAUUGAGACCUGGAGGGAGAUCUACCUUCAAGGCUGCUUCAAGCCCCUGGUCUCCAUCUCCCCCAACAACAGCCUGUUCGAAGCCGUCUACAGCCUCAUCAAGAACCGGAUCCACCGCCUGCCAGUCCUGGACCCGGUCUCAGGAGCUGUGCUUCACAUCCUGACCCACAAGCGGCUGCUCAAGUUCCUACACAUCUUUGGUGCCCUGCUGCCCCAGCCCUCCUUCCUCUCCCGCACCAUCCAAGAUUUGGGCAUCGGCACAUUCCGAGACUUGGCCGUGGUGCUGGACACGGCACCCAUCCUGACCGCACUGGACAUCUUUGUGGACCGGCGCGUGUCUGCACUGCCUGUGGUCAACGAAGCCGGACAGGUCGUGGGCCUCUACUCCCGCUUUGAUGUGAUUCACCUGGCUGCCCAACAAACCUACAACCACCUAGACGUAAGUGUGGGAGAAGCACUGAAGCAGAGGACAUUGUGUCUGGAAGGGGUCCUUUCCUGCCAGCCCCAUGAGAGCUUGGGGGAAGUCAUCGACCGGAUUGCCCGGGAGCAGGUACACCGGCUGGUGCUAGUGGAUGACAGCCAGCAUCUCCUGGGUGUGGUAUCCCUCUCUGACAUCCUGCAGGCUCUGGUGCUCAGUCCUGCUGGCAUCGAUGCCCUCAGCGCCUGAGAAUAUCUGAGUCCUCACUCCCAGACCACCUUCCACCUGUGGAAGUCAAUGAAGGGAGCCGGGGAACUCAGUCUUCAUCUUCUCCCACCCCCAUUGGCUGGUUUGGCUCUAGUUCAGGUAGGCUCUGCCCUGGGCCAUUGGCCUCAGCACCAGCCCCCGGGGCUUUCUGGGCUCCCAGAUCUCAGAUUGGGGCUUCCUGAGGAUGAGAGUGGCUCAGCUCACAGCUGAGCAGCCCCAUGAACACUGCAAGCGUCAGGACUCACUGUGGGGCUCCCACUUUGAGUCCCCAUUCUCAGCUGAGGUCAUGGGGGCCCUCAUGAGAGGGUGGACAUGGGCUGAGGUCAAGGUAAGGGCAGUGAUGUGACUUCAGGUGCUCUGGAGAGGUUGACCCGCCCUCUCGCAAUUCCAUUCCCACCUGCUUGGAAUUCUACUAGGGGGAAGCAAGCAAGGUAAGAAACCUUUGUUGAAUGGAAUUCCCCUCUCAGAACUAAGAGAGCUCCUAUCUAAGUACUUAUCUCAAUAAAUUUGACAGGAUCUCAGACUCUUUCCUGGUAGCACAUUUUCAAGGGGCUUGCAGAAGGGGGGGCACACAGAUUCCACCCACUUGGCAGUGGGUGGCAAGACUGAGCCUCCCCUAUUUGAAAGGCAACCUCCCUCCUGGCUUAGGCACUGUCUCCCCUUCUCACUUCCUCACAGGCUUCUCCAGCCCUCACUAAUUGUCCUUGCCUUGUCUGUGCUCCCGGAAGCCCUCGGGAAUGCCCAGGGUAUCAUGGGAUGGUGAAAUUAAGGGGAACAGCUGCAUCAAGCCUGGAGAUCUCCGAACCAGAGGCACUGGGAUUACCCUGGCACCUGGGUCGUGACAGGCCCCACUGGGGCAAUGAGCCUGUGGGUUCCGUCAGGGGCUCUGGAUUCCUUGGCUUCUGGACCACCUACUGUUCAGGGCCCCAGCUCCUGGGAGUCCCAGCUGGUCUUGCCCCACGGGAACUGUCUUAGUGGUUUCCCACAACUCUGCUCCCGCCCUCCUGCUUGCCCAGGAUUGUCGUUCCUGGGCUGCUGGGGGUCAUCGUGGAGCAGCAGUUAUUUGCAGAGCUGCUUGUUGGAAUGAGGUCCUCCCUCCAUUUUUGUCCUUAGCUCUCACCAGUGAACAGCGUUCUCAGUCCCCAACGAUGGCUCUGUAUUUGGAUCACUGAAGAUGAAUGAUUGAGAAAAGAAAAAGAAAAAGAAUAACCCAUGAACUUACAUUUUAUAAGUUUCACUCAGAAAAAUGCUAGUCAUUUGACCUGAACUGUGGCCAAGACCCCCGUGCUUUCUGAAUUCAAAGACAAGAAAGCAGACCUGUAAUUGACGAACGUUGCAAGGGACCUUUCUUUUGCAUGCAGAGAGUUAAUCCACCGAAAUUUCUUUUUCAUCUUUUAUUUGUAACAAAAUCAUAAAGAAAAUAUUAAUUAGGUAUUUACACAGUAGGUACAACUCAGUCCACAAACUCUAAUCUGCAAGAAACAUAACUUUAUUUUUCUAACAUUGAGCAUAGUUUCUGUUAGGAACCCCACUUCACCAGGUGGUAGAAACUAGUCUCAGUCAAUCAAGCUUUAAAUAGUAUAACUUUGUUCCUUAGUCAUCCUCACCCAUCCAUGCCAACACCUGUUAAAACAUCGCAUUCCCAUCUGUUCGUCAUUUGGUGGGUCAUUAGUGGGCACGGCACCUGCUCCGUGCUUCCUCACUACCUACCAUGAGCCUCUUUGAGCCUGCUUGCUCCCAGGCACGAGGAUAUCCUAGCUCCUGGCCCUGUACCCACUCUGGGCUUUAGGAAGCCAAGUCCCAAGUCCGCCUGCUGACAGGGACAGCAAGUGGUCUGUUCUACUCUGCAUUUUGCUGUUUUCCCAGCCUCUACCCAAACAACAGGGCACCCAGGCUCUUCUAACCUUAUCACCUCCAAACUUCUGUGGAGGAUUUGUCAUUCUCCCCGCUCCCUUCAGCCAUAGCCCCCAUCUCAGGGACCCCAGAAAUGUCUCCCCUACCCCCACCAGCCUGUGGGAUCUCUACCCAGUGGUGAAAAAGAGGGCCUUUUCCUCUAACCCAUCAGCCACUGUAUGUGUCCUGAGCUCUUGCCACCGACCUUGAGGGUCAGGCCUUUGAAAUUUCAAAGUGAAUACUGGGCUUCUGUUGUGUCGCCCGUCCCCUGUGGCAAUGGACACUACAAGUCUGCUGACCAGUGGGCAGAGAGUAGGUUAGUAUUUCUAAAAUAUUAUCCCACCCCAUUUACCUGACACAGCAACAGAGGGGACACAUCUGUGUUCAGACAGCAAAUGAAGGCAUUUUCUCACAGACACUCAGCGUCUUUCCGAUUUUGCCAUAACCCAUGGGCCAGUGCUGGCUCUCUGCUGUUCCUACCUGGCAAGGUCCCAAGUCUUGAGCUCAAGUGGAGGAUGGAGUGGGGGUACUCUCUGGGCACGUCUCCAGUGACAGUAUCCUUGGGGGGCCCGGGGCAGGCUGCCCCCAGCUGUGAGUGGCUCCAGGGAACAUGCAGCGGGAUCCGUUUUCUGAGGCAGAGCCUGGGUUAUACUGCAUUUGCAGAACUUCAGAGGUCAUAACUCGGUCUUUAGGAGGAAAGGGCAGACUUGGUGAGGCACCUUUGAGAGUUAAUCGGUCUCUACCCUCCUGCGGCUGCUAUUCUUAGGACCCAGCAGUUUCCCCCCUUAGGCCCUUCUGUAAGGAACCAUGUCACCUCCCUGCCUCAGACCUCCACCUCUGAUCACAGCUCCACACCCAGCUCCUGACCAGCCCUCUCACAUCAUGGCUGCUACAAGAAAGGCAAAGGUUUCCAUGGGAACUGCAGCUCUUGUGCCUGGCUUGGAAUAAAAGUGAGACCUCUAUCGCCUCUGUUCAUACAUGAACCUGGGGCCGCCCGAGUUUUCCAGGAGCCAUUGCCUUCCUGUCCCAAACUCUUCCCCUAACCUCAGAGGCCCCUGUGAGAUUCUGUAGCCUGCCAGCCAGACUCCCAUAGACUCCCCUCUUUACCCUGUCUCCCCGCUCACACCGUCUCACUGGUUCUCAACCUUGGAUGUGUGACAGGAUCACCUGGGAAGCUUUAUAAAAUGCAUAUUCCAGGGUCCCAUUCCUAGAGAUACUAAUCCUGAUGGGGGGGUGGGACUUAGGCCACUGUUCAUUCGCUGUAGAAACUAGAGGCUUAUGAUUAAUAACAUGUAAUGAGCAUGAUGGUGUGCUGCUGAGAAAUAAAGAUGCUUCAUUUUCAUAAUUAGUAAAAUCAUUUUAUUGAGUCUAUCUUAUUUAUUAUGAUAAUUUACAAGAAGUGCUGGCUGAGUAGUGGCAUCAUAAAGAAGAUAAACUAUUUGUUAGCAUCCUCACUGCCCUUCUUCUAAACAUCCUUACAUGCAGAAUUCAGUAGUCUCAUGUAUGCCCAUUCCAUCAUGACAAGUGUCUUCAUGUGGUUACCAUGCAUAUUAAAACUGGAAUCAUAAAUAAUAACCUGGAAACAAACUCAUAUUACCAAGACAAAAUACACUCAGAGCUAAAACUUCUAUAGAACAUGAGCAUGUCAGAAAGCAUUGGACACUCUUAUUUUAUUCCUGGUAGUGCUGCAUAGUUGUUCAAAAAGAUGAGGUAUUUUCUUCAAGUCUUACUCAAAAAUAUGGAUCCUGAUUUGGCCAAUGAAUUCAAAUUAGGUGCAAUAGGUAGUGAGAUGUGCACAUUCUUUUCAGUUAAAUGUUUUAAUAUCUACUGUCUUGCCAGUGGGUUUCAGC